ACUUAAUCACAACUCUCUUCUUUCUUUGCUCUCUCUCUCUCAUUUUUAAUGGCGACCCAAGAUUCUCAAGGGAUUAAACUCUUUGGCAAAACCAUAACAUUCAACGCCAACAUCACACAGACGAUUAAAAAAGAAGAGCAGCAACAACAACAGCCAGAGCUACAAGCGACAACACCCGUUAGAUCAUCAUCGUCGGAUCUGACGGCUGAGAAGCGUCCAGACAAGAUCAUACCAUGUCCGAGAUGCAAGUCCAUGGAGACUAAGUUUUGUUACUUCAAUAACUACAACGUUAAUCAACCAAGACACUUCUGCAAAGGUUGUCAGCGUUACUGGACUGCCGGUGGAGCUCUCCGGAAUGUUCCCGUCGGUGCCGGUCGUCGAAAGUCCAAACCUCCGGGACGUGUCGGUGGGUUCGCCGAGUUGCUUGGAGCUGCGACUGGAGCCGUUGAUCAAGUGGAGCUGGACGCUUUGCUAGUGGAAGAGUGGCGAGCCGCCACGUCUCACGGUGGUUUCCGACAUGAUUUUCCGGUGAAGAGACUUCGUUGUUACACCGAUGGUCAAUCUUGUUAAUUAUUUUUACAUUUUUAUUUGUUUGUUUUCGGGUUUGGGUUUGGGUUUGGGUGGUUUGCUAUAUUUAACCCGUAGAAGAAAAGAACGUGGUUAAAUUUGCUUUUGCUUUGAUUACUCUGGAUACGUACAGGCUAGCAACAAAAUUUAACUAGUUAA